AUGUAUUUUGGCAGCAAGUCGAUAAUACUGAAACGAAAGAUUGAUCAGGCUAUAUUUAAAUGUGGCUUCUCAUAUGAUCAUGUUGGUGUAGGAGAGGCUCCGUCCAUCGGUCUACAAGAAGCGGUAGACAGAACCCUUCCUCAGCAGCCGGAUAUCCUCAUACCUGUCCAUUCCAGGAUUCACCUUCCACGUGGCGGGGUCCCAAAGAUCAAGCCCAAACCGAUAGGGACACUCAAGGAACCGAAACCCAACCCAAAAGAUCCAGCAAGCCUGGAUGCGGAGCCUAUUGUCAGGCCUAGGCAGGAAACAGCCGAUACUUCUGGAAGAAUCUUGACGAAGGAUCAGUAUAUAGCUCGUGGGCGGACGGUGCGAAAGGGUUUGGCAAGUAAUAUAGCAGUAAAAGAUAAUGAUAAAACGAUCAAGUCUGAGGAAACACUCCUAGCGCCUGGAGAUGGUUCAGUUGCCAACGUAAAAGACGUACACAAACCAUGUGUACGACGAUCUCACAGAGAUUCUUCCAGAAGGAUCAGUUUCACUAGGAUGAUUCCGACAGAUAAAAAUAGUAUCGACAAUUAUGGCGGAUACAACAAGGAAACAGGAACGAUUGUGGUCGAAGAUGCGGUAGCAGCAAAUGAUCUCUUGCCCAAGAGCGAUCCUAGAAGACUCAAACCAUCGACAUAA